GGAAGAAGUAAAAUUAUAAAUUUCUAAAUGAGAUUCCAUACUUCAAAUUUUGUUAGAAAUUGGGUGGUGUGAAAAUGAAAGACAUCUACAUUUCACCCACCAAGGCAGCAACAUUUCUACAUUUAAUAAACAAUGUAAUUUUCUUAUUUAAUAACUAUAGAAAUGCCCAAAAUAAACAGCUCUUCAAUUUGCUUAAAGAAGAAUUUGUAAAUGGGAUACUACAAUUAAAAUGGAUGGACCAAGUACAUGUCGUAUUUUGAAACCUAAAGAUAAUAAAGAUGUAAUAUAUAUAUCAUAAAUUAUUUUAGAAAAGAAUAAAUGGAUGGUAAAAUAUUGGUAUGGAGAUGUAUUAUGAUAAUAAAGCAACAAUUGCAGACAAAAAUUAAUUAGAAUUAGAUUUUGAUAAUGAUGCAAUUUAAAAAUAAAUUGAAAAGAAUGAAAUGAAACUGAAAAAUGAUUUUAAAAACAAAAUUGUUCAUUUAUAAUAGUUCUACAGAGAUCUUAAUUAGAAAUACAGUUUUAAUUCUAAUGAUCCUGAUUUUAAAAAUAAAAUUAAGAAGGCUAAAUAUGAUUUACUUAAUAGCAGGAAUUUACCUAUCAAAUAUUUCAAAGCCAAAGGAAUGAAAUACAUUGAAAUAUAUGAUGAGUUAAAUAAAAGAAUAACAAAUGAUACAAAAGAUGGCUUAUUAAAACGUUUGGGAGUUUUCAAUUAAUUAAGAACUGAUUAAUAUAGAGUUAAAGAGAAAUCUAUGGGAGAUAUCUAUAGAUAAAAGAAUGAAAAUUAUAGUCCAACUCACAAAGAACUUCAACAUGAUGUUAAAAUUUAUGAUAAUAUGGAAGAAUAGAGUGAAUAAAUGUUGAAGAUUAUUGAUUAAAGCAAUGAGUUUUCAAUGAAACUUAGAUAAAAUGAAUAGAAAGUUGGUGUGUCUUAAAAGGCUAUAGUAUUUGCUGAAGAUUUUAAUAGAACAAAAUAUAUAUUCAAUUUGACAAAAUAGAAUUAGACUCAAAAAAUGUUUGAAAUACCUGAAAUGCCAUAGUUGGUAAUACCUCAAAGUAGUUCAUCAAUAAGAUUGAAAAAGAAUUUAUCUUCUCCUGUAAGUAUUGAUGAACAAUUUGAUAGUUGUCUCAAUCAAUAUGCACAUGAAGUGUUAGAAUAUUAAUAGGAAAUACAAGAUAAAGAAAUUUCAACAGAUAAUAUAGAAAAACUAUUAUAAGAGAAAGAAAGUCUAAGAUGUAAUUAGAUGAGAAAAGUAUCUAAAACAUAUCAUACUCCAUAACCAAGUGUUCGUUUAGAUUCUAGUAAAUACAUGAGAAAUUAACAAUUAUCUUCUAGAGACAGGGAAUCUACUAAAGCUGGAAACUCUUUUCAUUUAAAAUCAAGAACCUAUGCUGUAAGUCCAUUUUGUAAAUGA